CUCAUCCGGCACAAUUGAGAGAGAGACCUAAUUGUAUGUCUCCUAGAACCUCCACUCAUACCCAAUCAGUCUAUAAAUAUCAAAACUUACCUAAACCUUCAAUCACCAGUCUCCACUUUUAUACUGGUAUAUUGAUAGCUCUGUCAAUUGCUCAAGUCUUCUUUUAACAGGAUGGUAUUGCAGACAAUUGAUCUUUUGAAGAAUGAAAUUCCUCUGGAUGAGGAAUCAGUGGUUAUAUCUGAAGAUAACAAGACUGGUUUAGUUCUUGUGGACAUUAUCAAUGGCUUCUGCACCGUCGGAUCUGGAAGUCUGGCCCCAAGGGAACCCAACAGGCAGAUCUCUCAAAUGAUUGAUGAAUCAGAAAGGCUGGCUAGGAUGUUCUGUGACAAGAAGUGGCCUGUUCUUGCAUUUCUUGAUUCUCAUCGUCCAGACCAACAUGAGCAUCCUUAUCCUCCUCACUGUCUCAUUGGCUCUGAUGAAUCCAAUUUGGUUCCUGCUCUACAGUGGUUAGAGAAAGAACCAAAUGUGACCGUUAGGCGAAAAGAUUGCUAUGAUGGAUAUUUGGGUUCAAUUCAGGAGGAUGGUUCCAAUCUGUUUGUAGAUUGGGUUAAAACCAACAAAAUCCAAGUUUUAUUGGUGGUGGGAAUAUGCACGGAUAUCUGUGUGUUGGACUUUGUUUGCUCUACUUUAUCAGCAAAAAACAGAGGUUUUCUGGGCCCUUUGGAGGAUGUGGUGGUCUACUCUCGCGGCUGUGCCACCUUUGAUUUUCCAGUCUCCGUCGCCAGAGACACCAAAGACGCCAUAGCUCAUCCCCAGGAGCUGAUGCACCAUAUGGGUCUGUACAUGGCCAAAGGCAGAGGAGCAAAGAUAGCAAAACAAGUGUCUUUGGGUGCACUGAACAAACCUUGAUGAAAGAUAAACUACUACUUCUACUCGUCUGUGGUCUCCUAUGGCUCUUGUACUGGCGAACGAAGUUCAAGAUUUCAGAAUGUAGUAAUAGCAACUUUGUAGCAUGACUGGGAUCAGUACAAGGUUCCAAUGUAACAAUAAUAAUCCUUUAUGUUUAUGUCACUAAAUAAAAACUGUGUAGUAAGAUCGAUCUUGAUCUUCAUUCAUCUGUGCUAGUCCAUACUACUAUUUCCCAUUAUUUGAAUAGCACACUGCAACCCAUAAAUGAAAGCAAUAAAUGACU